AUGAAGGCAACUGGUGUUUUCCUGCUCCUCUCCCUAGCAUUCUGCUGCUACCAAGGAAACGCUGAGAUGGAUGGAGCUGCUGGCAAAGGAACAGAGGCAGCUUGUGGCAACUAUGACCUAAGAAAAGGUUGCACAAAGAUCUUUGACCCUGUCUGUGGCACGGACAACCUCCUAUACGGCAAUGAGUGUCUGUUGUGCUUUCAGAACCUGCAAAGAAACACUAAUGUGCGCAUAAAGAACAGGGGAAUGUGCCAAAAGCCCUCUCCACGCUCCGACGCCGCUCAAAACUAA